CACAGUUAACACUGGGUGAAAUGACUCCACAUAAUAUCAUUGCGUUGAUUUUAAUAACUGUUAUAAAAAGUGGCAACGGGUUUUCAGCAAAUGAAGAAGAUUCAAUUAAAUCUUACAUCAAAACAACGAUGGAAUGUAAAAAUAUAACAGGUUUAUCAUUAGCAAUGGUGAGGAAUGGAGAAGUCUUUACUGAUGGAUUUGGUUAUUCCAACAUUGAUACUCAAACUCCUGUUACUAGUACUACGAAAAUGAAUAUUGGUUCCGUUACCAAAACAUUAACGUCGAUGAUGUGGGCAGUACUCAUUUCUGAAGCAAAAGACAAAAACGAUACAAGCAUUGACUGGAAUACAAAAGUAAAAGAUAUUUUUGGCCCCAACUUUAGAUUAAACGACAGCUGUAGAGCAUCGUUAGUGUCUUUGGAGGACUUUCUGUCUCAUAGAACCGGCCUAGAAUCAGCUGACUUGUUGCUUCAAGCAGGAGAAGGAGGACAUCGGUCACGUGAAGAUUUACUCAAUAACUUUAAAGAAUUGGAAUCAGUAGAAGAAUUCAGAGACGUUUUUUCCUACAGCAAUAUUGGUUUUGUCAUGGUGGCAUUUCUGGCAGAAAAGAUUGGUAAAAAACCCUGGGAAACUUUGAUGAGAGAAAAAUUAUUUGAACCUCUAAAUAUGACAUCAUCACUCUUUCUUACAGAUCAAACGUUUUCUGAGUUGGCGACUCCAUACUUGUUUGAUGAAGAAAAUGGAAUGGAAGAAUCAGAUGAAAGUAUCUAUACCGCAAUUGACCUGUUCGGUCCUGCAGGAAGUGUUUGUAGUACAGCAGACGACAUGUCAAAACUUUUGAAAUAUCUGACCUCUGGUGAAUAUAUGGACCAAUUGGGCAUUGACGAUGAUGUAUUUAAUGGCCUGUUUAAGCAAAAAAGUAUAAUGCCGAAGUCAUUCUCCUCUAGAUACAACUUGGAGUACCCCCAGUUUCCUAUAUCAUUCGAUGCCUAUGGAUAUGGGAUGGCCUGGUUUUUAACAAAAUACAGAGAUUUGGACAUGUAUUUCCACACUGGAGGAUUAUACGGAUUUACUUCAGUUCUCGGAUAUAUUCCAAACAAAAAUAUUAGUGUGUUUCUAAACUCGAAUGGCUUAGGAAAAUCAGGUUUCCGUAAUAUCAUGCUUCCAACCAUGUAUUAUAUAUUCGAUACAUUACUGGAGCUUGAACCAUGGCUGAAUGAAACAACAGCAUGUAGCUACCCAUCACCAUGGAAUCACAUUCCAGAGAAGAACACGACAGCAAGAAAUAGGACUCAAAUUAACAUCUCCGAAACUGAGAGAUUCAUUGGAAACUAUAGUAACUCUCUGUAUGGUGAUGCUUCUGUUUCAGUUAUUAACGAAACGCUUACACUUCAAUAUGGUAGAUUACUUCACGGAACGCUAUCUCAUCUUUCUCUAAACAUAUUUAACUUAACAAUACUAGAGCCAUUGAACAAAGUGGUAUCUACUUAUAUGAUCGUUACCUUUGAGAGUUUUCACGAUGAACAGUUUCAUCGACUUCGUUUCGAUAUACAUCCUAUGUUUGACAGAGUUUCUCAAAACGUGAACAGAGCCAAUGGUGUCGAAUGUUCCUUUCUAUUAUAUAUGAUUCUUGUUCUGAUUUGUAUAGUUCUAGUUUGA